UUUGAAUUUUUUAGUACUGGUACAACGCAUAUAAAGUACUUCUCUUUAAACACUUAAUGUAAGAUACAAACAAAUAUAAUUGGUUCCUUAACGUCAUGUUUUGAUAGAAUAGUGUACAUACGGGAUAAUUAUUUGUUCUAAAAAAUUAAGGAUUGGGGUGUUUUAUGUUGUUUUGAAAUUGAAUUGACGGAGGAAAAUCGUUCAUGCUAGCUUUAAGAACGUUUGAUAACAAAUAGGACAUCUUUACUUCUUUUCCAUAGUAACACAUGAUCAUGCAGCUGUUUGGAAUAGUAAAAGUUCUUCUUUUCAGUGUACAUGUAAUUCAUUUGACGAGUUCAACAAAGGAAUUUGAUCGUUUAAAGUCAAUGGUCAAACAUUUAGAAAAUAGACUUAAUACCGAAGGUGAGUUCAGAGACGAAGAUAUUGCUGAAAUUACAAUUCGACUGGAUGGCAUCGAUAAAGUGUUAAAUGCGACCGUCGGGAAAAGACAGCCCGUUCCAUCAGUGGCGGCGACAAAAGCUGGUGAGAUUGAUUUUAAAACAGUGGAAACAUUGGAAGAGGAUCUCACGAGACUCAGGACUGCGUUCGCCGAGGAAAAGUCUGAGGCUUUAAGGUUCCGACGGGAAAUUCCAAAGAUUGAAAAGAAUUUGAUAUCUCUUAACGAAGAUGUUGAAAAUUAUUGCAAAGUCGCUGUUAAUAAUACUGAUCAACUAUUAACAAACUUUGAGACGGUCAAACAUGUGUCUGAAGAAAAUUUAAUAACGUUUGGAAAUGACCGUAAAAUGUUACAAAGUAUGUCUGAACAGAUUCAGCUAAACACCAAACAAAUUAAAAACAUUGAAACUCUAAUAAAUGAUUUAUAUUCUAAAAUGGAAUACUUAUUCUAUCCUACCUCCUGUCGUUCGUUAACAGCUAUGGGCAAUGCAGGUAAUGGAGUAAAACAAUUACGACAAGGUUUUGAAGUUUACUGUGACCAACUUACAGACGGCGGGGGCUGGAUAGUAUUUCAAAGAAGACUGAAUGGUAAAACAGAUUUUUAUCGUACCUGGGCUGAAUAUAAAAACGGCUUUGGUGAUCUAAAUGGUGAGUUCUGGCUUGGCAAUGAACAUUUGAGUUUACUGACAUCAGAUGGAGAACACGAACUUCGAAUAGAGAUUGAAGAUUUUGAGGGAAACAGUGCAUAUGCUAAGUACAGUAAGUUCAAGAUAUAUCCGGAAGAAGACAAUUACAAACUGGAGGUGAGCGGAUACAGUGGAACUGCUGGAGAUUCUCUAGAAUAUCAUAAUGGAAUGAUUUUCUCAACGUAUGAUAGAGACCAGGAUAAAUGGUCGUCAAAUUGCGCGAAAUCUUUCCAUGGUGCGUGGUGGUAUAGGAAUUGCCAUCAUUCAAAUCUCAAUGGACGGUAUUAUAACCAGCCUGGCAAAUCAGAUAGUACUGGAAUUAACUGGUAUCAUUGGAAGAAUAAUCGAUACAGUUUGAAAAAAGUCGAAAUGAAAUUCCGUUAACUUGUUAAACUAGGAUAUUGAUUAUCAUCGUUAUAAAACUGAUAAAAUAAUAAUUGUUGUUUUGCGUUAUGUAAACUUUACAGAAACUUGGACGACGAUAGCUGAUGAAGGAAUAGACACUGAACUAUCCCAGACGAAUCACUAUCAGGUUGAUUUAUUCCUUAGUUCCGUUGAUGCGAAUGUUACCCGACAUAAGAUAGUGCCCUGUACUAUGAUUAAUAUUAUAUGUUAUUUUUAUUUUCAUUCAAAAUGAUAAUAAGGAAGACAAACUGUGACUUUUGAAUAAAUAUUCUUAUAAAAUGUC